UAAUACAGCUGGCUCACUCAACCGCUCACGCUGUCAGCUGCUGCUGUAAGCUGGUAUACCUUCUCUUCCAUUCAAUACACACCGCAUUAUAACAUUGUGCGUCAUCCAUUCUAUGUUAAAUAACAAAAGCCGCUGAUCAACUUUCACCUGUGAUUUCCGGCCCACUACCGCGCCGCUGCCGUGUGUUCAAGUUGUUUAUGGCUGUUGGGCACACAUGCACACAUUUUCUGCUAUACUUGGACGCUUGUUAAAAUAUAUUUUUGUAUGUGUUCUUCACGUUGAUGUUCCUCGCUUGGUGAGUGUUGAUUUAACACGGGUGACUUUUGUCCCGGGAAACGCCAGUUGAAGAAGAGAUAACCCGGCGAAGAUAAGGACAAGUGUUUAGCUAUCCGGCUGCGUGUGCUGUGGAUUAUUUUUGGAUCCGACGUGCUUAACCUCCCCCGUGUGUGUCUGCGAGAGCUGCAGCGAGACAGACGGAGACUGUACAUUCCAGUUGUGAACACGUCGGUAGUGGUCGUUGACCAGCCAACUGCGGGAUCAUGGGCGGGAAGAACAGUAAGACAGAGGGCGGUAAGCCGAAGUUGACCAAAUCCGAUCUGGAGUUUCUGCGCAACAACACCACCUUCGACGAGACGACGAUCCGGGAAUGGCAUGCCGGCUUUUAUCGUGAUUGUCCCGAUGGGAAAUUAUCUCCGCACAAAUUCGUGGAGGUCUAUAAAGUCUUCUUUCCCAGCGGGGAUGCGCAGGCCUUCUGCGAGCAUGUCUUCCGCACAUUCGAUCAAGAUAAGAGCGGCUUUAUCGAUUUCAAGGAAUUCCUCCUCGCAAUCAACGUAACCUCCUCGGGGACCGCGGAGCAGAAGCUCAAAUGGGCGUUUCGCAUGUACGACAUUGAUUCCAACGGGCACAUCGAUCUACCGGAAAUGACCAAAAUAAUAAAAGCUAUUCAGGAAAUGUUAGGCACGAACAGCAGCGCAUCCAUAGCGGCACACGACACCAACGGCGUCCCGUACGCGCACAGCGCUGAAGAACGCGCCAAGCAGAUCUUCAGUAAAAUGGACACCAACAGCGACGGUAUCCUGGAUGAGAAGGAAUUCGUGGAGGGCUGCCUGAAUGAUAAAUCCCUGAUGCAGAUGUUGACGUCCACCGGCAAGGCCCGGUGAAUCCAGCCCAACGCCCCCUGGUAUCCGCCGGCAGCAGCGGUUUUUCUACUGAUUCGUUAAAGAAGAUUAUUCUAUAAGCGUCAUUGUGGAAGGUGUACUCCGCGGCGUGUGUACUACGCCUACUACGUCACUUAAUGAUUCCAUUGAAGCAUCUAUGUUCUUUAUAAGGGCUUUCUGUUGGUUCUAGCAUUCGAUAAACGUCGUGCGCUGUUGAUAGUCUAUAGCGAUGGGAUAUAACAUUAUGUACGGCCGGUGUUCUUAAAAAUACGGGAUAUGAAAAUGAAGAUACGA